AUGCAGGGGGCCUGGCUGCUGUCGGUACUGCCGCUGCUGCUGCUGGGCCCCAGGCCUCAGCCUGCCCUGGGUGUCAUCCCGGAGGAAGAGGAGCACCCAGAUUUCUGGAACAAAAAGGCAAAUGAGGCUCUGACCAAUGCCAAGAAGCUGCAGCCCAUCCAGACGACCGCCAAGAACCUCAUCCUCUUCCUGGGAGACGGGUUGGGUGUGCCCACGGUGACGGCCACAAGGAUCCUGAAAGGGCAGAUGACUGGCAACCUGGGACCCGAGACGCCCCUGGCCAUGGACCACUUCCCAUACCUGGCUCUGUCCAAGACAUACAACGUGGACAGACAGGUGCCCGACAGCGCUGGCACAGCCACAGCCUACCUGUGCGGGGUCAAGGCUAACUAUGGGACCAUCGGCCUGAGUGCGGCCGCCCGCUACGACCAGUGCAACACAACCCAGGGCAAUGAGGUGCUCUCGGUGAUGUACAGGGCCAAGAAGGCAGGGAAGUCCGUGGGGGUGGUGACCACCACGCGGGUGCAGCACGCCUCGCCAGCUGGCACCUACGCACACACGGUGAACCGCAACUGGUACUCGGACGCCAACAUGCCUGCCUCAGCACGGCAGGAGGGCUGCCAGGACAUCGCCUCACAGCUGGUCUCCAACAUGGACAUCGACGUGAUCCUGGGUGGGGGCCGCAAGUACAUGUUUCCCAAGGGGACCCCAGACCCUGAGUACCCAACUGACCCCAGCCAGAACGGGACCAGGUUGGAUGGGCGGAACCUGGUGGAGGAGUGGCUGACAUGUCUGGCUGUGUCCCUCCAGGGGGCCCGGUAUGUGUGGAACCGUACAGAGCUCCUGCAGACCACUCAGGAUCCCAGCGUGACCCAGCUCAUGGGCCUCUUUGAGCCCUCAGACAUGAAGUAUGAGACCCAGAGAGACCCUGAGCGGGACCCCUCCCUGAUGGAGAUGACUGAGGCCGCACUGCACCUGCUGCGCCAGAACCCCCGCGGCUUCUACCUCUUCGUGGAGGGGGGCCGCAUCGACCAUGGUCACCACGCAGGCAAUGCUUUUCGGGCGCUCACUGAGGCCGUCAUGUUCGACUCCGCCAUUGAGAGGGCGGGCCAGCUCACCAGCGAGCAGGACACGCUGACCCUGGUCACUGCCGACCACUCCCACGUCUUCACCUUUGGGGGCUACACACUGAGGGGCAGCUCCAUCUUCGGGCUGGCCCCAGACAAGGCCCAGGACGGCAAGAACUACACCUCCAUCCUGUAUGGCAACGGCCCAGGCUACGCUGUCAGCAAUGGUAUACGGCCCGAUGUCACCCAGAACGAUACCAGUGACCCCGAGUACCUGCAGCAGGCAGCCGUGCCCCUGUCGUCCGAGACCCACGGCGGCGAGGACGUGGCUGUGUUUGCGCGCGGGCCGCAGGCGCACCUGGUGCACGGCGUGCAGGAGCAGAGCUACAUUGCGCACGUCAUGGCCCUCGCGGCCUGCCUGGAGCCCUACACGGACUGUGAUGUGACGCCCCCUAAUGGGGCAUGCCCCGCGCCAGCCGCGGGCCCCUGGCUGACAGUGCUGGCCACAACCCUCUUGCUGCUCCUGGGAGCAGCUGCUGCACCCUGA